UUUCGUUUUCAUUCAUUCUUCAUUCGUCGCCACAGUGUUGAUUUUGAUCCACGCGUCUUAAAUUCUCUUCCCAUAUUUUUCCGCAAAUAAAACGCCCCAAACAUUAUUUUUCUCGGCCAAUUCACCAUUUAUCUGCACUCCCAAAUCUUGAGGUGAUCGUUCAAUUUCCCAAGAGUUGCCUAAUCAGUCAUUUUUGGGGGAAAUUUGCGCAAAAAUAGGUGAUCGGGUUAAAGAGUGUGCAGAUGUUGAUGUGAAAAAAAAGAGCUCCGCUUUAUCGGUGAUUGCCGUGAUUCAACUGUCCUCGAAGUAGUGACUCCCUUGUUAUCUAGUCUGUGACUAAAAAUAAUCACACGAUAAGGUUGAAAAAAUGACAAAAGGUGCGAUAAAAGAAUAUCAUCAGUGAUAGGAAAUUUGUCACCAGUGCGAAAAGGAAAAGAAUCUUAUUUUUGUUGGGUGAUCGCGAGUUGUUGGUGUUGUUUGCAUUCCAAUAAGAUUCCACUUUUCCUCCUUCUUGUGUCCACCUUAAGAGCGUGUGAAAGAAGUGUCAAUCAUGCUAAAGAGCAAAUCAUUUGAUGAAAAUAAGCCCAACAUGACGACGCUCUUGUCGACCCAGCAGUUGCCAAUAAUUGAUUUGGCACACAUGGGUACCGAAGAGAUUCCAGUGAAAUCGGUGGUCAACCGUGUUGCAAAUCAACUUCACAAAGCAAUGUCAGAGCGAGGCUUAGCUGUGCUGGUAAAUCAUGGAAUUCCCGAGGAGAAGUUGAACACCGCAUGGAAGUAUCUCGAUACAUUCUGUGAACUACCGGCAGAUAUUAAGGAUGUGUAUUUGCGGAAGAGGGAUGGAGUCAAUCAUGGUUAUGUGAAACCGGGUCAGGAAAAAUUCGAUGGGAAGAAGAAGGAGUUGCGGCAUGCCUUCAAUAUUUGCAUGCUCAGUGGAGCAUCACUGCCUGAGGAUCCCUUACCCGGUUUUAGGGAUCACAUUGCCGAUCUCACCAAGGAUUUCCGCAAUUUGUCCUCAUUGCUCUUGCAAGCUCUUGCUGUAGCUUUAGAGCUGCCAAUGAACUAUUUCCUGGACAAACAUGCCCACAUGCUGUCGGGAAUGAAUGAGAAUGAGACAACAUUGCGACUGCUUUACUAUCCGCCUGUCGUGGAGGAUGACAAUAAAUGUGAAUUGGUGAAGGGGAAUGUAAGCUAUCGCUAUCAGAAAUGCGCGAGUGAUCAGCUAAAUCUUGAGAGUUUGACUGAUAAGAAUGACGUGGACGAGGGUGACAAUGAUAAAGAUGAUGCCAGUGGCUUGGAGAAGCAUCGCGGAUUCACUCGAUGUGGUGCACAUUGCGAUUAUGGCACAUUUACCCUUUUGGCGCAAGAUUCCGAAGGUGGACUCGAAUGUAAAUUGCCACAGACGGAGCGUUGGCAGCGUGUUGGUCAUUUACCUGGAUCAAUUCUCAUAAAUACAGGAGAAUUGCUUAGUAUGUGGACUAACAAUAAAUAUCCAGCUUUGCCACAUCGUGUUGUUGUACCAGAUGAUGUAUAUUGUCGCACAAAAGGGAGACACUCAAUGGCCUUCUUCUGCCAUCCAGACAAUUCCACCAUCAUCGCUCCCAUUGAAUCGAAAAUUUUACAGCCGAUCGACUCUGAAGAGGAUUUGCAGAAGAAGAAGAAAAAGAAAAAUAUACUCAUCACGGCGUAUGAAAUUGUGCAGAAUAAGUUUAAGCAGACUUAUAGUGCAUGAUAACAGUUCAUUUUUGGUUGCAAAUCACGGACUUUCUCCAUCCUGUGUUAAUCCAUCCAAUAUGUAUGUACUUUCAGUCAAAGUAACCAAUAGGUAUGCGCAUUCAUAUAUACGGUAAGAGCCUUAAAUAUAUAAAUUAGAAAAUCCUCAAUAGCGAAGGAUGUGUACGUGGAAUGCAAUUGCACAGUUUCUCUCGAAACUUUAUGUGAACCAAGAGAGAGGGAGGGCUUAUCAAUUUUAGCUAUUAUUCAUGUAAAAUCAUUUGAGAGUGUUGCAACCAAAUAAUACUCCAGUAGAGUCAUGAUGAAAAUUUUUAAACGCAAAACUCUCGUAGCAAGUAAAUCAAAUGCAUUCUAUUGAUGUAUAACUUUUACAUAAAAUCUUAAUAUAAAGUUAUUUUAUUGCCAACAUUUUUUUUUGCAAGAAUAAAUUGUGUAGUAACGUUGUAUUCAUACUUAUGUACUUAUGUUAACUUAAUAUAUGCGUACUUAACGUUCCAA